AUGGAGGCUCAUGGAAAACAAGUGCCUGUUUGCUUUCCUUUCGCAGUGUCUGGAGCAGGGGCCGGUACGGGAGCAUCCUCGGCUGGAUUGGGAGGUGCCAGUGGUUCUUACGGCAGUGGCGUUGCUGGUGCCUCGCUUAGCGCCUUGGGCAGUGCUUUGGCAAGCACCUUGGGCAGUGCCGUGGGCAGUAGCUUGAACACUGGCAUAGCUAAAAAUUUGGGCACUGUCUUGAGCACUGGCUUGAGCCCUGGCUUGAGCGGUGUCGUGGGCAGUACCGUGGGCAAUGCCGUGGCUGGUGCCGUGGGCAAUGCCGUGGGUGGUGCCAUAGCCAGCGGCGGAGGAGGCAUGUCUGCUAAUCGGCCGAGUGGUGCAGCAGGCGCUGCCAGCGGAGUUCCUGGUGGCACUAUCACAAUACAGCCGGGUACGAUAACCACAUGGAGCAUUCCGGGCAGUCUUCCGGGCAUGAGCGGAGGACUUGCGGUUAAGCCGGGGAUCACGGGUGCCGGUGGCGCAGGUGCAGGCCUCGGAAGUGCCGGCGUGUCUGGAGCAGGGACCGGCACGGGAGCAUUGGGAAGUGCCACUGGCUUGGGCACUGGCUUAGGCAUUGCCGUGGGCGGUGCCGUGGGCAAUGCCGUGGGCGGUGCCAUAGCCAGCAGCGGAGGACGCAUAUUUGCUAGUCGGCCGGGUGGUGAAGGCAUUCCGGGCAGUCUUCCGGGCAUGAGCGGAGGACUUUCGGUUAAGCCGGGGAUCACGGGAUCUAGUGCUGGUGGCCAGGGAGUUGGCGGCGGAUCGCUUGGAAUUGGCGGCGGAUCUGUUGGGGGUGGCAUUGGAACGGGCAGCGGAUCUCUUGGAGUUGGCGGAGCUGCUGCUGGUGGUGGCGUUGGGGGAAGUGGCGGAUUAGUAGGUGGCGCAUCUGGUGGUUCAGUUGCUAGCGGCGGCAGCGGCUAUGGCGUUGGAGGCGCAACAGGAGGGGCUCUGUCGGGUGGAUUGGGUAAGUACAUCUCCCAUCUUAUUAUGAAAAUAAGUGCAACUGGUACAUUUGCGGUUAGUACUUUUACGAAGAAUAGCACCGUCGGUCGUGCUCCCAGGGCACAGUUCAGAGGGCCUCCUAGCACUCUGGUUUCUGGUGGUGGUACCUAUGGUACCACAAUAACAUCGGGUGGUUUGGGUGGUGCCGCAGCCGGAGUUGGCGGAUCAGGGGUUACCCUGACGGGUGGUUCAAGUGCUGCAGGUGUCGGCUUAGGAGGAAGCAGCGGAUUAGGUGGUGUCUCUGGCAGUUUGGGCGGCGGCGGCCUUGGUGUAGGAGUAAAACCAGGGAUUGUUCUGACGGGUGGUUCAGCAUCUACCGGCGGUAGCCUUGCAGCUGGCGGUGCAGGAGGUGCAGGUGGUAACUUGGUGACUGGUGGUGCAGGCGGUAACUUAGGAGCUGGUGGUGCAGGAUCUCUUGCUGGUGGCCUUGGAGCUGGCGGCGCAUCAGUUGGAGGUACUGCAGGUACUACAGGUGGCGGCUUAGCAGGAAGCACCGGAUUAGGUGGCGUCACAGUCAGUUCAGGCGGCGGUGGCUAUGGUGCAGUAAUAACUCCUAGGAUUGUUGUGACGAGUGGUCCAGGUGGUAGCCUUGGAGGUGGCGGUGCAACCCUGUCAGGUGGUGCAGUAUCCACCGCUGGUGGCCUUGGAGCUGGUAGUCCAGGAGGUGCAGGCGGUAACUUAGUGACUGGUGGUGCAGGCGGUAACUUAGGAGCUGGCGGUGCAGCAUCUGUUGGUGGUGGCCUUGGAGCUGGCAGCGGAUCAAUUGGAGGUGGUGCAGGGCUCGGACCUGGUCAAGUGGGUCAUUGGUACAUCAUACGACAGGGAAUGAAUGCGGCUUCGGGAACUGCAGGGGGUACCUUAGGAGCCGGUGGUGUAGGAUCUGUUGGUGGAGUAACUGGACCUGGCGGCGUAACCAUCGGCGCAGGAGCUUCAGGUGGUCAGCUAGGAGGUGGUGCUGCAGGCGGUGGCUUAGGAGCUGGUGGUACAGCGCUCGGAGCUGGUCAAGUGGGAAAUAUGUACAUCAUACGACCGGGAAUGAGUGGGACUUGGGGAUCGGCAGGGGGUAACGUAGGAGCCGGUGUUGCAGGACCUGCUGGUGGAGUAACUGGACCUGGCGGCGUAACCAUCGGCGCAGGAGCUUCAGGUGGUCAGAUAGGAGGUGUUGGUGCAGGCGGUGGCUUAGGAGCUGGUGGUGCAGGGUCCGGAGCUGGUCAAGUGGGUCGUUGGUACAUCAUACGACCGGGAAUGAAUGGGACUUGGGGAACUGCAGGGGGUAGCUUAGGAGCCGGUGGUGUAGGACCUGCUGGUGGAGUAGUUGGACCUGGCGGUGUAGCCAUCGGAGGUGGCACCGGAGUUUCAGGUGGUCAGCUAGGAGGUGGGGCUGCAGGCGGUGGCUUAGGAGCUGGUGGUACAGCGCUCGGAGCUGGUCAAGUGGGAAAUUGGUACAUCAUACGACCGGGAAUGAAUGGGACUUGGGGAACUGCAGGGGGUGGCUUAGGAGCCGGUGGUGUAGGACCUGCUGGUGGAGUAGUUGGACCUGGCGGUGUAGCCAUCGGAGGUGGCACCGGAUCUGCUGGUAGCGUAAUCGUACCUGGCGGCGCAGUCAUCGGAGGUGGCACAGGUCUCGGAGGUGUUAACGGGGCUGGCUGGAGCAUCACACGACCGGGCAUUUAUGGAAGUUUGGGAUCUGGCGUCUACCAGAGGUGCGGCAAGAACGAGGUAUUCCGGAAUAACUCGCGCAACUGUGGCGAGUGCAGCUGUCGCAUCUACUUAGCAACCGGACGCUUCGGUGGGAUACCCGCAAGCUGCCUUCAAGAGAAGCAACCCCGGUGCUGGUGCAGGAUGCUUUUCUGCCGAGAUGACAGCGGCAGAUGUGUUCGCAGAAAUGAGUGCAAGGCGGCGUCUGGGCAUCAGAUUCCUCGUCAGUAAUCUGUCAAUAAAGGCCAGCUGAGCAGCCUGUGCACCACAAAAUGCGCGAAUUUUUCGCACCAGUUAUUUCACGAUUUUUCUCAGUGCUCGAGCAUCAGUAAACUAACGUUUUAGUUUUGUUUUUUUUUUAGCUCGAUGCUUCUGCAGAAGCUACUGCACAAUAGCAAUGACCGACAUCAGUUCUGCAAUGGAGUUGUCUGUCAACACAAUGGCAUGAUGCCGCGCGCCCUUCGUAUUCUCCUUAUUUCCAUCGACACACGCUGCUUCCCUGAUUUAUUCUUCAGGCGGCACUGCCACACCACGCCCUGAUUAUCACGCUUCAUUA